AUGCAUACCUUCCCAACAUUUCGGGUGACACUUUCUCGAACCUCUCUAGCUCGCCCUGCCAAAUAUCGUUCCAGUCUGCCUUCCUUGAAUGCUAUCCCUAGUUUGAACACGUUCUCGACAGCUCAUCAGCGACGAGGAGUAGUAGCAGGGACCAUGGACACCAUAAAGAAUACUAUUGCAGAGAACCUGGGUGGCAUAGCCCCAAAUCUUGCUACCCAUCAAUUCAGCUUGGAUCAGGUUCCCGACCUGACAGGCAAGGUCGCUGUAGUCACAGGCGGAAGCGAGGGAAUUGGCUACGGCUGUACCUACACGCUGUUAAAGCACAACAUCGCCAAAAUAUUCAUACUUUCUGUGUCCGAGGAGGCUGUAAAGAGCGCCAAAGAGUGUAUUGCGAAAGAUCUUGGCCAAGAGGCAGCAAACAAGACUAUUUGGAUGCAGUGUGAUCUCUCAGAUUGGGUUAAGGCCAAGGAUGUCGCCGAAGACAUCAAGAAGAAGACUGACAGGCUCGACAUCCUAAUUAACAAUGCAGGAAGGGGGAUUAUGACUUACCAACUCACCGAUUAUGGUGUCGACAGACAUAUGGCUGUUAAUCAUAUGGGCCAUGUGAUUCUAACAUCUCAUCUGCUUCCAUUAUUGAAGAAGACGGCAGAGAAGGGAGAUAUCGUCCGUAUUUCCAACCAGUCGAGUAACUUACACCAAGCAACACCCAGUGACACGAAAUUUGAGAGCUUGGAAGAGUUGAAUCGAGACCUUGGACCAAAUAUCCAAUACGGUCGUAGCAAGCUUGCAAGUAUUCUAUACUCUAGGUUCUUUACACGCACGGUAACGAACGCGGGCUAUCCUAAGCUACUCAUGAAUGCAACCCACCCCGGGUUUGUGAGCACCAAGAUGAGCAAACAAGAUAUUUUCGAACCGUACCCGUUGGGCGGGUAUGCAAUGGCUGCCGGCUUGGAACCGUUCAAGAAGGACCAAUUUCAGGGUGCUGUCUCGACCAUGUUUGCCGCAACGUACACUCAGGAGUCGGGUCAAUACAUUUGCCCGUCAGCUGUACCGGAGCCUGGGAGCACGCUCUCACAGGAUGAGGCACUGGCGGAUAGGUUGAUGGAAUUGACAUGGAAGAUUGUGAAGGAGAAGACGAAACAUGAGUCGGUUGAUAAGGGUUGUCCUUUAGAUGAUCUCGUUUCUCAAUAG